GGGAGGCAGGCUAGAGAGCGGCCCGGGGCCGGGGAUGAAGCGCGGACGCCGAGGCGGCAGCGCGGCCCCGCCGGCCGGGGCGUGCGGCGUGUGGCUGGACACGGCGGAGCUGAAGCAGAGCCCGGUGCAGCCUCUCAUCGUCAAGCCAAAGGUGUCCACUCGAGUUCUGGGGAGGAAGCUUCUCUCGGUGCCUUUCACCCAGAGCAGAGCCUCUCAGCCACGCAGCAAGCAGACCUCCAUCUCCUCCUUCUUCUGCAGACAGACAGAUGAAAGAGACAAAGAAAACCGCAGGCCAUCUCCUUCCACCCUGCCUGAAGACUGCAAAGAAAAAGGUGGCACUUUGGCUGCCUCCCCUGUGAAGAUCUUGGCUUUGCUGCAGGUGGAGGAAGAAGCCCAGAAGCCAUCUUGCAGAGCUGGGGAGGAGAAGGUGCAGGCUCCAGGCCGGUGCUGUGCCUGGACAGCAGCAGCUUCGGCAGCUCCUUUGCCAGGCUCCCUAGAAGCAGAGGCCCAGAGCGUGAGCCAAGCCUCCUGCAGGGUGGGAGAGGCUGCAGCAGUCCCCUUCAGCUUCACCCAGGACUCAGAGGGCAGCCAGGUCCUGGCUCACAGACUCGAGUCAGGUUUGUUUACUGCAGAACUGCCUUCAGGAGUUGGCAGCAGAACUUCAGGCUGCAGGAUGGACAGAGAAGGGAGGCAGCUGCUGCCCGAGGGGCUGAGCAGCAGGCUUGAUUCCCAGCCCAGCCGUGGUGCAAACCAGAGCAAGGAGCUGCAGCAGCUGAGGAGCAUUAAUUCUCUAACUGAUGUGUCUGAGCCUGAGCAUAUGAACCCUGCUGUAAGGAGAGGCAGGAGCUGUGCUGCUGGGGUUUACUCCUCUCCACCAAGAGCAGGCAGAGCAGAGCCCCUGCGGGAGCGCAGCAGCACGGCAGGGCCGAGCAGCCCCUGCAGAGAAUUGUUCACCCAGGACUCAGAGGGGAACAGAGUCAUCUCCCACCGCUGCUGGAGGCUCCUCUCUCCUGCCAAGGACCAGGGCAGCUCCCUGCCCAGCUCCCCCUGCAAGGGCUCUUCCAGGGCUGCUGCCAAGAGGAGCCUGAGCAGAGCGGGGCAGGACUGGGCAGACCUGUGCCAUGAUUUACUCUUCACCCAGGACUCCCAGGGGAACAGAGUGAUUAAACACUAAGUGACCUCAGGUGGCUCCUCUCAGGAGCUGGUUAAACAUGAAGUGCCCCCAGCUGGGUCAUCUGCUGACCUCACAAAGCCUCAGGAAAGCAUUAAGGAGGUGGUCAGAAAUGGGUCAGGGUCUGUGGGUGGUGGUGUGGCAGAUGCAGCAGCCCCCUGCAACAGGCAGGGCCUCUGUGUUU